AUGGCCAGUGCGGAGCCCCGGCCGGAGCAGCCCCCGCUGCAGGCGCCGCGCGAUGCCGCAAACCGCCUGCGGGUGCACGCGCUGCGGGCCACGAGCGCUGUGGGCUAGGACCACCCCACGUCCUGUUGCAGCGCUGCUGAGAUCGUGGCGGUGCUGUUCUUCCAGGCCAUGCGCUACCGGGCCUGCCAGCCAGCGCACCCCAGCAAUGACCGCUUUGUCCUCUCCAAGGGCCAUGCUGCCCCCUUGCUCUAUGCCGCCUGGGCUGAGGCCGGCUUUCUCAAGGAGCCAGAGCUGCUGAAUCUGUGCAAGAUCAACAGUGACCUGGAGGGACACCCCACCCCGAGGCUGCCCUUUGUGGACGUGGCCACGGGCUCCGUGGGGCAGGGCCUGGGCGCGGCCUGCGGGAUGGCCUACGUAGGCAAGUACUUUGACAGGGCCAGUGGUCACUUCUGGUUGUUCUGCCUGCUGGGUGACGGGGAGGUGUCCGAGGGCUCCGUCUGGGAGGCUCUGGCCUUCGGCUCCCACUACCGGCUCGACAAUCUGGUGGCCAUCGUGGACGUCAACCGGCUGGGCCAGAGCGAGGUGGCGCCGCUGGGCCACGACAUGGACGUGUACCGCCGCCGCUGCGAGGCCUUCGGAUGAGUGUGGAACACCUAUGUGGUGGAUGGCCACGCUGUGGAGGAGCUGGACGAGGCCCUGAGGCAGGCGGCCCAGGAGAAGGGGAAGCCCACGGCCAUCCUGGCCAAGACCUACAAGGGACGAGGCGUCCCUGGUGUGGAAGAUGCGGAGAACUGGCACGGCAAGCCCAUGCCCAAGGACAAGGUGGAGUACAUCAUCGGUGCCAUCCAGAGCCGGAUCCAGACCCAUGAGGUGCUGGUGCCACAGCCGCCCAUUGAGGACAUCCCACAGAUCAGCAUCGCAGGCAUCUGCAUGCCCUCGCCCCCCGAAUACACCACUGGGGACAAGGUGGCCACGCGGAAGGCCUACGGCGUGGCCCUGGCAAAGCUGGGUGCUGCUAGCGAGCGUGUGGUGGCCUUGGAUGGGGACACCAAGAACUCCACCUUCUCCGAGCUGUUCAAACAGGCACACCCCGAGCGCUACAUCGAGUGCUACAUCGCCGAGCAGAACAUGGUCGGUGUGGCUCUGGGCUGUGCCACCAGGGACCGGGCCGUGGUCUUCGCCAGCACCUUUGCUGCUUUCUUCACGCGAGCCUUCGACCACAUCCACAUGGGCGCCAUCUCCCAGAGCAACCUCAACCUGUGCGGCUCCCACUGUGGGGUCUCCAUCGGGGAGGACGGCCCCUUGCAGAUGGCCCUGGAGGACAUUGCGAUGUUCCGAGUCAUUCCCGGCUGCACCGUCUUCUACCCCAGCGACGCCGUCUCCACGGAACGUGCCGUCUGCCUAGCUGCCAACACCAAGGGCAUCUGCUUCAUCCGGACCAGCCGCCCAGAGACCCCGGUCAUCUACCCGCCAGAGGAGACCUUUGAGAUCGGCCAGGCCAAGGUUGUGCGCAAGAGCGAUGCUGACAGGGUCACAGUGAUUGGAGCCGGGGUCACGCUGCAUGAGGCUCUGGCUGCUGCUGACGAGCUCGCCAAGCAAGGCACCCACAUUCGGGUCAUUGACCCCUUCACCAUCAAGCCCUUGGAUGCAACCACCAUAGUCACCAGUGCCCAGGCUACUGGAGGGCGCAUCAUCACCGUGGAGGAUCAUUACAGAGAGGGUGGGAUUGGGGAAGCCGUGGCCGCGGCCGUGGCCGGGGAGCCUGGCAUGGUACUCCAAAGCUUGGCUGUGUGCGGAGUGCCCCAGAGUGGCAAACCGGCCAAACUCCUGGACCUCUUCGGGAUCAGCACCAAGAGCAUCAUAGCAGUUGUGAAGAACACCUUUGCCAACUAA